AAAUUUGUCCUAACUUCGCACUUCUGUGUUAGCGGCAACAAAGCAAACAUGAAAGUUCUACUUUAUUUUGUGUUACUAUAUUUGGGUUCUUCGGUCGUACUGUGUGAGUCACGUGAUGAAUUAGUUGAGAGACUUUUACAAGAAACCACGGAACUCAGAAAAGAAACUAUGGAACUUAGACAGGAAAAUAUCAAGGUGUGGGAGAAAAUAAAACAGUUAGAGGUCGGAAAAGAUAUGACACAGCAUAAAUCAAAACGAUUGCUUGAUUCGAUGAUCCCUCAGCCCAAAAACAAAGCCGCCUUUUCCGCCAGUCUUACGAAACACAUGCUCAAUGUUGGAAACUAUCAAGCCAUUAUUUUCGACAACGUGUUUACCAAUGACGGGAAUAUGUAUUCACCGUAUACCGGGGUUUUCACUGCACCAACCAACGGGACAUAUUUCUUCAUAUCGACGGUGAUGAGUCAUUCCGGGCAAUACCUUGAGACAGAGAUUUGCCUGAACGGAAACAGCCUCGUUCUCAUGUAUUCCCUUGAUAAUUCUUCUGAGCAAGGAACCAACAGCGUUGUUCUAGCAUUGAAAGAAGGUGAUCGAGUAUGGGUGAGGCAUCAUGGGACAAGAGGAAGUAACGUGUAUGGAGGUCACUGGAGUAGUUUUUCUGGCUUUCAGAUAACCGGUUGACAUCGUUUAUUGUUGUAGAACAGGUCAUUUAACUUAACAGAAAUAAAUGUAUUAUAUAUGUUUA